GGAGUCCCAGUGUUAUUUUGGGCGCGUGACGGACGCUGGAAUGCACACGUGAGGUCGCGUGAUUUCACCAUCCAGCUAGGCUGGGCAGAGACCGACCAGGACUAGUUCACACAUCCAACGUACACAGUUCAGUCGUCAGAGGCACACGCGUAUGACGGACUGAAUAAGACGCGGGCAUACAUGAACGUAGAAGUUUCCACCACUGGCGGGGCUUCAGACCCAGCACUCGCGCUUCGACUGAACAUGCAGAGAGACAACGAGGCCUACCCGCUACCUCCCCACAAGCGAGUCAAGACAGAAAACAUGUCUUACGACCUCCACGGCAGCAUAUCUCCCGUCCACAUGGCCUUCAUGACUGACUCCAGAGGUUUCAGACGAAGAAACAUGCAAGGUACCGAGGAACAACGGGAUCUACACAGAAUCGUGGAGAAGAGAAGACGGGACAGAAUUAACGACUGCCUGGCCAACAUCCGGGAACUUCUACCAGAGGAACUUGUCAGACAAAAGUCCUGUGGAAAAGCCGAGAUCCUCGAGCUCACCCUGAUGCACAUGAAGCACCUGCAGAAACAGGUGCAGGCGUACGAGCAGGGCAAGACUCCUCCUGCAGCAACACCGGUCAUCCGCCAGGGGGACUUCCUAGCCGGGUACCGGGAAUGCCUUGGCGAAGCGAUCAGAUAUAUGUCACAGAGUCCUGUUGAUGGCGUUAGCUGUGAGAAAAUUGAGUCCCAUCUCCGGAGACACUGCCAACGCUUGUCUCCUUAUCAGGGCUUCCCUGACACAGAAGAGACUCCUAGCGGAUUGGUUCGGGAGAGCAUCUCACCACAGCCAGAACAACAGAUGCCCCAGGACAGACCAAUGCCUGAGGAGCCACAGCCACCCCAACACCCUCCUCACAUGACUGACGCCUCCCAACAGACACCAUCACCACAGACAGCUCAUCAGUCGCAUCAGGCUGCCGUAGAGGAAUCGCGCCGGUCCCCCAUGAGCGAGCCCCCACGUGACAGAAGUCCCUCGCGUGAUUCCCAGCCGCCCCACACACCACUCCCCUACUCUGCUUUCCCCCUAUGAUGUUCCCCGCUCCCAUGUACCCGGGGGUGUAUCCGCCAACCAGCAUGGCCAGCUCUGGUGGCAGACGCAUCAGCGGGAUCCCAGUCAUGACCCCAUACCAGCCGCUCUCUCCCCACACCUCGUCUGACGAAUCCCCCACAACGACCCCCAGGGAGGAACAGCACCAGCACCCCAAUCCCAGCUCCCACAUGCGAAACCAUCACCAGGUGGCGUCAAACGAUCCCCUCAACCUGAGCACGAGAAACGUCGCCUGUCCAGAAGGCAUGUCCAGGUCUCCGGACCUCCCCCACACUGUGUACAGACAUAGCCACAACUGGCAGAAUGUCAGUCCCCAACAUGGCCACGCUAUGUCCCCUUAAAUUAAGGUCAAAACACACAGCUCUAUUGUACAACAUUGUGUGUUGUUCAAGUCAUUAUGUUUCAUGGGAAAGUUUUGUAUACUUUGUGGUGUUAAGUACCAGGAUUUAGCAUAAUGGGAAAGAUUUAGAUAUAUAUGUAGAUAGUGCAGUCAGGACAUGCUUUGCUCUGGUUAAGACACUGUGGAUUCCUCCUGCCAUUGUCAAGCAGCUAUAUUAUAUAUGGUUCUAUUGAGCAGUGUUACCUGUGAAGACAAAGUGAAUUCUGUAUGGAAUGUUAUGUUACACCAGAAAGAAAAUGGAAUUCCUUUUCCAAGGACUUCCAUACUAUUGACUUCAUAACAGAAAGAAUACAAAUUACUAUUAAUCAGGAUUUUCUAUCUAUAGUAAAACUUUUUGUAUAUGAUAUUUGACAAGAAGAUUUGUAGUACAGACUGCAGCAGAUUGCUGCAGCUUGACAUGCCCUAAAAGUUUAGAGGUGUAUUACUAAUGAUUUGGACAGUUUUGUACUAACAUACAUUGUUGUUCAUAUGACAAAACUUACAAGCCAGGCACAGUAGACUUCAUUUAUCUGUCAUCCUUUAUUUCUAUAUGUUUGGCUUUUGAACCUGUCAACCCUCAAAUACUAAGGUUGAGCAACGGGUGACUGUUGUCUGGUGCCAAUGCUGUGUUAGGUUUUUCUCUUUUAUUUCUUAAUGGAAACUAGCAUUAAGAGAAGCAAACGAUGUUCUGGUAGAGUUUCAUAUUUUCUGUGGUAAGUGGAUCAAUUUUGGAAAAAGCCCCAAAGAGCCGUAUAAAAAUGAAGGGAAGAGAGGUUAUUACUUGGAAAUUAAUGUUGCCUUUUGUGUUGGGCAAAGCAUUUCUACAGGUGCGAAAACUCGGCUUUAUGCAGUGAUGCACUGCUUGCAAUGUUCUUGAACUUUAUACUUGCCUAUGUUGUUCCAAGACCAAAUUGAUUUGUAUAAUACAUUUUGUUUAUGUUAAACGGUAUGAACAUGAAUAUGUAACGCAGUAGAAUGAAUGCUUGUGCUUCAUACACUUGGCAUAUUUUAUGUUUAAUGAUUUCUGAGCCAGGAAGAUAAUUCCAAGCUUGUUACUUGAUCAUUCUACCUUGUUGAUGAUCCAUUGACAUGUUUUUUUUUUAAAUGUUAACAUUCAUGUUAAUAUCAUGUAUCUGUUAUAGGUCUUAAAAUCUUAUGCUUUAAAGUUUCUAUAUGAUGGCAGUGGAAAGAAAAAUGCAGUGUUCUGUUAAGUAGAAAUUUGAAGUGCAUUGGUGAAUAUUUUAAUGUUAUGUUAUAACAGAAAGAUAUGAUAAGAAAAAAAAUGCCAAUCUAAGAUUGAGGAUUUUAUCUCACAAUCCCAGAUUGGUGUUAGAAAAAUUAUAAAAAGAUGAAAAAGGCCUUGUUAUAUGUUCCAAUAUUCAAGAAAUUUAAAACAAUGAUAUGAUGUUGUCAAAGAUACUUAUAAAGUGUACCAUCAGUAGAUGUUGCACAGUAGACGUUUCGCAGGAACGUCUACGGAUGAGAUCUAUUCUCUUUAUGUGUUGUACAGAUCUGUGGAUGCUCACUAUUUUUGAGAACAGUUGAUACUAUUUUCAAUGAAUAAAUGGGAAGAUUAUAAUUAUGCGAA